GCUUCUAUGGGGCUAUUUUAAAGCCCAUAAGUUUUAGUAUUCCUUAGAUUCAUUUGUCAGGCCUACUCAAUAGAGAAAAAAAGGCAAAGAGUAAUUAUUAUAUUCAAAUUAUAUUCACAUCGACUCUGGGAGAAAGAGAUGGAUCCACAACUAACGGAGGUCUAGCAGCAGUUCGAGAGGUGUUCAAGGCGGCCAGGCGGGGAUGGAUUUCGAUACCCUACCUACCUACCUACCUACCUGCACUAAUCUCUUGUCUCACCUCCUCAAGGAAACCAAAGAAACUACACCGUGAAAGGAGAUACCAUGCAAUCCAAGAUUAUUUAUCCUUCCAUAUCCUCCCUUUUGGGAUAGUUUCAUAAACUUUUCAUUAUCCCCCCACCUCGCGCCCCAACAAAAGAAGUGAAUCCCAUUCAUUGGAUUUUUAGCUAAUGGUUACUGUCUCUCGUGACCUGCAAUUCAAUAAUUUUUGGGUGUUUUUUGUCGUCUGGUUAUAAUGCAAACUUCGAUAUCACUUCACAUGCUCGAUCUUUUAGCCCCUAUAUCAUAAAGGCAACACACACCCAUUAAAUGGAGUCCGUGAUUGGAUUUUGAUUCCUAUAUCUAUGUAUGUAGUGUGUGUCCCUCCAACUUUUGUAUUCACACUUAUGUAUUCUCUACUUUCUGUAUUAUUUUCGGUAUUCAUUCAAUUUAUUUUUAUAUCAAGAAAGGGACAAUAGAUUGAAAAAUUGUUGAGAAGUUGUUUUCUCCUUUAAUAAACAAAAUGUUAAAAUAAUUAUUCUCUACUUUCUGCUCUCCAUUAUUUUCCAACUAACACUUUCCUUCAUUUUUUUCCUGACUUAUGUAUUUUUCUAUAAUGUCUCCCAUCAUUAACGCUUUAAAUAAUUGUUAUUAGUUGAUAAAAGAUUAAAAAGUAGUAUUAUCAUGUGGCCUAAAUGCAUUUAUCCGGCUCGUUAUGUUGGAUUUGUCGGCGCUUUGGACUUUUUUUCUAACUCGUCCGCGCGUAACCAGUUAUAAAUUUGUUUAUACUGGUCUUUGGAAAGAAAUUAAAAUUUGAUUCUCCCUGAAAUAAUUAGCAAUUAAAUAGGAAAAUAAUUAAACUUGAGAAGAAGGUAUGGAAUGUGUUAGUCUUGCAGUGGCUCCACUUGGAUCUCUCUCUCUUACUUACUUACUCCAUUAUCUUCCUCCUCUCAUUAAAAUCGGAACACAAAUGGAGACCUCUACGUCUUUAGCCAUCGUUCUUCAUCAGUCUUCCAAUCAUGACGAACUCUUCAUGCAGCAGACUCUUCAAUUCUCACAAACUCUCAAGGAUUUAAGGAACUUGCGGAAACAGUUAUACUCAGCUGCUGAGUACUUCGAAACAUCUUAUGGAAAAGAAGAACACAAAGAAACGGUGAUAGAGACGUUGAAAGAGUAUGCAGCCAAGGCAGUAGUGAACACAGUGGAUCAUCUUGGUUCUGUCUCUGAUAAAUUCAAUUCUUUUCUCUCUGAUGACUCAGCCCAUUUCUCCACUACUCAUCUUCGUUUAUCUUCUCUCGAACAAAGGAUGAAACUAUGCAGAGAGUACAUGGGGAAGAGUGGGACUUCUCAGCAUUGCUUUCUCAUUCAAUCUCCUCCUCACCAUCAUAAGCGUUACUUUUUCCCUCAACAUGGAAGAGGUGAACGUGGAAGAGGCACAAGUUUCUCUGCAGGAGAUGACUCGCAUAGGUUCAAAAAUGCUGUUCGAUCAACAAUACUAGAAAACCACCCAAUUACUACUACAAGAAAAGCUUAUAAGACAGGAAGCUUCUCCUUCUUACACAACAACAACAUCAGCAACAACAGAACGCCAAACAGUAAAAGAGGAAACUCUCCAAUGAGAUUUCCUCUCUUACGUUCAGGAUCUCAACUGAAACACUCAAGCUCUCCAGGCCAGCCAAGAAUACUGGCGUUGUUACCGGAACCAGAAAGAGCAAUAUCUUUGUCGACAAGUAGAGAGAUAGUGGAGAUAAAGCAAAAAUCUUCAUUGAGAAAGGGGAAGAAGAGUCUGAUGCUUAAGGCACUGAUGAGUAUGAGCAGCAAGUCCAGAAACUAAAUCCAUCGCUUUGUAUUUUACAUUUUAUAAUGUUCAUUCUUAAAAUUGUACAAAAACAUGUGAAUUAAGGAGAGAGCAAUAAUGGUUAUCCUUAGUCUUCUUUAGAUGCUUUGGUUCAAAAUGGUGUGGUUAGAUUUUCAUAGAAACGUACAGAAGUUUCUUCACUAGUUAAGUUUCUUCACUAGUUAAGUUUCUUCACUUCAUUGUACACUCUCUAGCUAGCUUUGCCUUUAGACUAGAUGGAGUCGAUCAGUUACUUGUAGUUGAUUGUGACCUUCGAAUAAAUAAAAUUUAUUUCAUAUAAUU